AAAACAACAAACAAAGUGUUUUGUGUAUGAACGAACACAACAAGGCGCAGAGUAGGCCUCUCUCUCUCCCUCUGCAAACUUGGGUCACUUUAAAUUUGUUUUGAUGCACUAGAUUUGUUUUCCCCAAUGGUUACGAUCUGUAUGAAAAUCAGCCAAGGUGGCCUCUUCGAGUAGGACUUUUGUUGGCCAUGGAAUGGCCUCACUUGCUGCCUGCCUCUUGGCAGGCCUCUUGGUCUGCGUUCCUCUCAUCCAUGCAGCUGCACAAUCAGCACCAUGCGACAAGUCACGGAAAGUUUUUACUGAAACUUGGGGCAUUGUCACUGAUGGUCCCACAGGGUCCAAUUACACCCAGGAUUCUCAUUGUGAAUGGCUCAUCAAAGCAAACAACAGCCAGCAGUUCAUCACUCUUAGCUUUCGAUCCAUGGGCACAGAGUGCUCCUAUGAUUAUGUAUUUGUGUAUGAUGGAAGCUCUUUCAAUUCCCCUUUACUAGGAAGUUUUAGUGGCAAAACUGAGCCUCAGCAAAUCACUGCUGUUUCAGGAUCUAUGUUAAUUUUACUCUAUUCAGAUACAAAUUAUGUACUUGAUGGCUUCAGAGCAGAAUUUUCUGUUACUGACUGUCCUCGCAAUUGUUCAGGUCAUGGACUCUGUGUGAGACAUGCUUGUGUCUGUGAAGGGGAUUGGGGAGGGAAGGAUUGUGGAGUAGAAUUAUGUCCUGAUGACUGUGGUUAUUCACUUGGCCGUGGCAUCUGUAGAGCAGGAAGAUGUGAAUGUGCUGCAAAUUAUACAGGACGUGCCUGCUCUUUGCAUCGAGAUGAUCCUGAAGGCAAUAGGUGGCAUCUAUUGUCACAUUCUGAGGGAGGAUUUACAGCAAGAGCUGCUCAUUCGGCAGUUUAUCUUAAAGAAACGGAUUCACUUUAUGUAUUUGGAGGCUUUGACCUAAAUAAUGUGCUUGGAGAUCUAGUAGUGUAUCGUUUCAUGUCAAGCCAAUGGGAGGACGAAUCUGGGAAGCAAAUAGAGGGAGCUGCGUCAUGGUCUGCACCUCUUGAUCCACACACUCUAGCUGAUGUUUUGGAACAAGUUGGUCAAAGUGGGGAGGAAAGAUGGGGACUCCGACCUAAAUCAUCAUUUUUAAGAAAUUUACUCUUCUCUGUUGCUGAUAAUGCAACUUUAAAGGUAAAACAUCGCACAGCACAAGAGAAAGGUCAGCAUCUGGCGCGGAUUCCAAGGGAAGUCUCAUCCUCAGAGCAGCUACCAACUGAAACAGCACAGUCUACUGUUACUGAGAUACCAUCAGAUUCAUCAGAUGCACCAGAGGCAUCUGAUAUCUCAUCAGACCCGGAAGUGAAUGAGGCUGAACUCUCUGAAAGUGUGCAUGAAACAGAGUCUUCCACCCCUACACCUCCCAAACUUACCUAUCCGCAGAGGCCAGCUCCUCGAUAUGGGCAUGCUGCAUGCAGGUGUGCAGAUGGUAUGGCAUUAUAUGGAGGCAAGUUAUCAGAUGGUUCUCUAUCUGACGAUUUAUGGUUGUACAAUGUACAUUCGAGGUCUUGGUCAUUAAGAGCACUACAUUCCAAAAUUCGUCCUCCCAAGCUCACUCGUCACUCAUUAACUUUAGCAGGAGAUUUUCUUUAUCUCUUUGGAGGUAGCACAGCUGGGGGAGACUUUUCAUCACAACUCUUUCGCAUAAAACUUGCCUCGGGUGAGAGAGGUGCCGAUUAUGAGCAAUGGGAGACAGUACAUCCUCGUGGAGGGAAAGAACUAGAUGUCAGGGUUGUUGCACAUUCCACAGUUUACCACCCAGCGUCAAACUCCUUACUUGUGUAUGGUGGAGUUGUAGCCGGUGUGAAACGCUUCUCAAAGCUCUCAGACCGAAUGUUUGCAUUCCAGCUUGAUGCUCGUCAUUGGAGUGAAUUGCAUUAUCCUAGAGCUCAUCUUCCUGAUACUUAUGUACCUCGUGAACGUGCAUUCCAUACUAGUACAAUAAUAGGAAAUUAUCUUGUUGUGUUUGGUGGUUAUUCUCACCGUCAUAAUAAAGAGGAAAUUUGUUAUGAUAGUCAAUUAUAUCUCUACCAUCUGGGAUGUCACACGUGGGUUAACCAUGAAGUUCUCGGAACUCAUCACCCUGCUUCACGCUACCCAAAGCAACAGGGUGUAUUUGCUCAUGCAGCAGCUGUCCGUAAUGGAAAUACUCUGUUGGUGGUUGGUGGCUACCAUGGCAAUGUAAAUGCAGAUUUACUUGCUUACACUUUGCCUCCAAUGCUUGCAAGCCGAGAGGGAGAACCAUAUGAACCUGAUCAAGUUUGUGGGAGACACCAUGUUCGUGUGGAAUGUACAGCGAAUCCAGAGUGUGGGUGGUGCUCUGCAGAUGAUGUCUGCUAUGGCCGUACAGUAGGAGUCAACUGUACUACUAAUCUUCAAACAACCCGAUGCCUUGGUGUGUGUCCUGCUCUAGGAGACUGUCAUUCUUGUCUUAUUCACGGAAGUGCUCCAACUGCUUCUGCAGCCUUCAAGUUAAGAUUAGGUCAAUGUACCUGGUGUGUGCAAAAUGCAAGAUGUCACCACAAAGAUGAUAAUUAUGGAGUGUGUGGAUUACGAGAGGACACUCCCUCAGAAGCCCCUGGUUGGUGGGGUCCUAAAGGCACAGAAGUUACUAGAGUAGAAGAAUGCCGGGUCCUGGAUAGACGCCCUGGUUUAACUUUUGUUCAAUACAAGCACCCAGCCAAUUGGUCUCAGCCAGAUUCUGUCAGCAUUAUUAAUGCAACAACAGCUGACUUUUCAACUGGAAGUGGCUGGUCUCGAUCUGAACCAAUUGGAGGCAUUACUGCCCGACUUAAAGGUUCACUUCAUCCCCCUGAUUGGUGGAAAGACUCUCAUGAAACUCUUCGAAUGUGUGUCAGCCAUUCUUCGGCUACUUUGCAAGUAGCGCAUCUGAAUGCAUCUGAUCAGCCUCAACAUGCCCAUUUGGAAAUUGUGGGAAACUUAAGUGCAGAGCAAUCAGCUUGUGUAAGUGCCACUUGGGAACCUGGAAAGCCAGUUCUACUUCAUGAUGGAAUUUUUCUUGUCGACUUUGAGUCUCGUAAAACAUUGGAUAUGCAUCAUCAGUCUAAAAUGGAACUGCAACACAAUCGCAGUCAAGAAAGUGCAAAGGUUUUUACUUUUGAGUAUCUGGCUCCAUAUGAAAAUGGCUCAUGCUGGCAGUACACAAAUUGUCUAGCCUGUUUGACUGACUCAGCUUGUGGGUGGUGUGAAAUAACUGCUCAGUGCUUGGAUCGCCAUCUUGAUGAAACUGAAGCAUGCCGAGAAAAGGGAGCUGGGCCAGAUGAGUGGCACUACCUAACAUUACAGCCAUCUUCUUGCCCUAACUGUUCAAAUUACAUCUCAUGUGACGCCUGUGUUUCCUCUGGAUUGUGUGAAUGGUGGACUGAUGAUGCAAGAUGUGCUCGUCGUGGGAGAGCAAGUGAAGCAGUCCUAGAUACUGCAAACUGCCCUGCACCAUGCCAUGAACGGACAAACUGUUCACAGUGUCUGGAAGAAAGAGGUGUGUGCGUAUGGUGUGAAGCUACACAGGAAUGCUUUUCAUUUUCUGUGUACACUUCGGAGUACCAGUUUGGUAUUUGUCGUGAAUGGUUAGACCAGGCAUAUCAUGGAGUAGCUGCUGGUCCUACAAGUGCUGUUGCCGUACCAUCAGGUGGAGGAGCACAGCAGUGUAAGUGGUGUGGGCGCCAUACUAAUUGUUCCUCUUGCGUGCACACCCUUGGCUGUGGCUGGUGCCAUUCAGCUGAUAACCCAAUUCAAGGGGUUUGUGUGCAGGGAGAUUUUAACCAACCUCACCAAGAAUCAUGUUCUACUGCCUUGGAAAGUGAAGGGAGUGAUGUUGGAGAGGCGAGAUGGGCGUAUGCGCAGUGCCCUGACGUUGAUGAGUGUGAACUUCAUCUUGAUGACUGCCAUCCUGAUGCCAUUUGUACAAACACCCAUGGAUCUUAUUCAUGUCAAUGUAAAAGGGGGUUUAAUGGUGAUGGACGAACAACAUGCACCAAAACGUGUUUUUACAAUUGUGUACAUGGAUACUGUGUUGGUGCGCCAGACUAUUCCUGUAGAUGUGACUUGGGUUGGACUGGUUUAGAUUGUAAUACAAAUUGUGGCUGUAAUAAUCAUUCCACUUGUUCUCAAGGAGUUGGUUUAUGUGAUCAAUGUCAGGACUGGACAACUGGAAAGUUUUGCGAGUUUUGCAGGGCUGGAAGUUAUGGAAGUGCAACAUCAGGACAAGGUUGUCAUGGAUGCAAUUGUAAUGAACAUGGUAGUGAAGCUCUUGGAGUUUGCGACUUCCAGACAGGUGCCUGUUUCUGUCAAGAUAACACUAUUGGAGACAACUGUGACAAAUGUAAACCAGGCUAUUAUGGAGAUCCAAGGAAUGGGGGAAUGUGCUACUACCAAUGUAUGGCCAGAGGUGUACUUUCAGGCACUGAUCCUCAAGGUUUAGGCAGUCGCCUUGCCCCGAUGAGUCUUCAAGAUUCCCGAGAAAUAGGACCUCCUACACGCGAGUGCCUCUGGAUUGUCAGUCCAUUUCAUAUGGAUAAUCGUUCCAGCAACCCUUCGAGCAUUAUCCAGCUAACAGUACAUGAGGAUAUUAGAGUUCCAUGUGAGGAAAAUAAUGUGUAUGUGUAUGAUGGACUUCCUGAUUUUGUUUCAUCAACCCCAAGUCAUCAAAGUCAUGUACUGGGUGUAUUUUGUAGUCAGGAUACCACAUACCCAGUAACUGUAGAGGCAACUUCAGGAAUAAUGACCAUCCACUAUAAGCAAAAUGAUGUCACGGAUGGGUUCAAUGCUAGCUAUGUUGUUUUGGUGUGCCCUGAUGAUUGUCCAGUUAAUCGGACAUGUGUGAAUGGCCAGUGUAUUUGCCCUGAGGGCUGGAGUGGACCUCAUUGUGCCGAGCCUCUCUGUCCAAACAAUUGUUCUUCUGAUCUCAAACAAGGAGUGUGUGACAAGAGCUACUGGAGAUGUCUCUGUAAUCCAGAUUGGGGAGGUGCUGACUGUUCCCUUCGUUUACUCCCAUCUUACUUGGUGUCGACCGAACUUUUCAAUUCAGCUCAUCUAUCUGAAGCGGGCUCUCUGGCACACUGGCGGAAAAUGUUGCCACGUCUGGGUCACACUCUUAGUGCGGAUCGCAGAGGCGCUCUCUGGAUGUUUGGAGGGUAUUCAUUAUCUCAUGGGCCACUUAAUGAUAUUAGAUUGUUUGACACUAAAAACAACACAUGGAUGCAGAUUACUGUUGACUCCACGAGCGAUGCCAAAAUGCCCAGAGGCCGUUAUUUUCAUGCUGCUGAGAUAGUACAAUCUCACAGGGAAAUUUACAUUUAUGGUGGCCUUGGCUCUAGAGAUGAUGGGUAUAAUUCAACUUUGAAUGACACUUGGAAAUUUGUCUUAAAAAGUCAACGCUGGAUUCAUGUACAAUCUGAUGUAGGCCCACCCCCAUUGUCUGGACACACUCUGACUUUACGUAAGAGUGGUGAUGUGGAGAAUUUAGUGCUCAUUGGGGGUUUUAGUCCUUCUGUUGGCUUUUUGGAUGUUGUCUGGGAAUUUAAUCUAGAAAAAGAAGUAUGGAGUAUAUUGAAUACCACGGGUGAUCGUCCUAUUGGUUUAUAUGGACACAGUACAGUAUUUCAUGCACCCAGUCAAAGCUUUUAUGUUUUCGGUGGAUACAUGUAUGUUGUCAACCAUACAGUCAUAUCAAACAAGCUUUUUGCUCUGCACUAUCCCAGUAGAGUUUGGUCUGUGCUACCACCGUUUGAGAACUACAACCCGUCUGAUCUACAUCUGCCAAGAGCCCGUUUUUUGCACUCUGCUGUUGUGAAAGAUGAUUACAUGCUUGUUUUCGGGGGAAGAUCUUCUCCUCACAAUACAACAGAUACUCUCAUGGCUUAUCUAUUCACCUGCAACCAGUGGGUCCGUCUCAUUUCUAAAGAUGUCAACCUGAUAGGCUUUGUUCCUCCUACUACCUAUGCACAUGCAAUGGCAAUGGAUCCAGAGUCUGGUGCCAUUUACAUAAUUGGUGGCUUUGAUGGUGGUAUUGACAGCCAUGUUACACGCUUGACACUUCCUGAUGACCUGUGUGCUCUAUGGCCAGGCAAAUGCCAUCUUCCUGGCUGUUCUUAUUGUGCUGUAAUUCGGUCGGGGGGUGCUCCUAAUUCAACAUAUUGUUACAACAAUGCUCGGUUGAUGCCUGAAGAGUGCUCUAGUGGCAAUGGUACGAUUCGAACCACUAAUGGUGUGGUAUGUAAUAGGAAAUGGAUAUCUGCAAGAAACUGCACUCAACACAAGUCAUGCUCUGAAUGUUUGGCGUCAUGGCCGUCCCAUAUUGAAGAAGGACAGACGUGCAAGUGGUGUAGCAAUAUAAAUAAGGGCAGCUGCAUUGAUGUGACCACUGACUGUAAUCAAUCUGAGCCUCGCUCCACUAUAGAUGUUUCAGAGUGUCCAGAAAGACAAUGUCCUGCCUCAGAUUGUGAUCAGUGUAGAGCUCAGGAUAAUUGUGUGUGGACCAGACAGGUUUUAAUUUCAACUGAUCAUCGUCUCACCCUUGGGGUUGAACAAAUGUAUGACUGGAGUUGUGUUACUAAACAUGUCAAGGAUAGAUCCAACAUUCAGAUUGGCACUGCUCCAACUUGUCCCAAACGCUGUUCAGAGCACAGACAUUGCGAUUCUUGCCUUCGGUCCCACGGGGCUGAAGGAGGGUGGCAUGAGUGUCGUUGGUCAACUCAACUGCAUGAAUGUGUGUCUCCCAGUUACCAAGCACUGUAUUGUGCAGGAGGAGUGUGUGGGCUAGUACUUAGUGGUGGUAACACCGACCAUUGCCCUGAACCCUGUUCAACAUUCACAAAAUGCUCAGAGUGUUUGCGUCAUGCGAGAUGUGGUUGGUGCUCCUUAGACUCAGGGAACAGCACAGGACGGGGUGUCUGUACUGAGGGUUCUCUGGGUAGUCCAGCUUUGGGUCCAGAACGUUCAACUUGUGAUGUGCUUUUCCAAGAGAUUCUUCCAACAACUUCUGCUGCACCAAUGAUUAUUCAAGAAAAUGACUUAAAUGUGACUGAAGCUAUUACACAGGCAUCUUUAUUCUCCUGGCAUUAUGUGGCGUGUCCGCCUGAAAAUGAAUGUGAAAAUGGACAUCACACCUGUGACCCUGUGUCAGAAGUGUGUGAAGACUUAACAUAUGGCUUCCAAUGUAAAUGUGGCCCUGGAUAUCGAGCCGAUCGGGCCGACCGAUCUGCAUGUGUGCCCGUUCAAGGUUGUGUUCGAGGUGUAUGUGUUCAACCCAACAAUUGUCUCUGUGACUUUGGUUAUGUUGGAGCAAAUUGUUCCAUUCAGUGCCAGUGUAAUGGCCAUUCCAAUUGUGCCGGGCCCGACAAACUCGACCAUUGUUUGGAAUGUCAUAAUAACACUAUGGGACCCCAAUGUGAACGAUGUCAACCCUUGUUUGUUGGGGACCCAAGUAACAAUGGCCAGUGUGUGCCAUGCAUUGAGUAUUGCAAUGGACAUACUCACAUUUGCAUCAAUGACAGUAUUUCGGCUCCUCCUUCUGGCAAAUGGUUUGAUGUACCUCUUGAAGAUCUAAAAGCAUUCCUUGUUGAGGGCCCUACUACUCACGCACAUUGUAUUGGCUGUGCCAAUCGUACAACAGGAGAUAAAUGUGAUGAAUGCAUUCGUGGUAAUUUUCGGGGAUCAGAAGACCAUAGAGACCCUUGUCGACUGUGUCAGUGCCAUGGACAUGGCCAUCUCUGUGAUCCUGUGACCGGUGAAAAGUGCAACUGUCAAAACAACACUGAAAGUGAUUGUGCCCAAAGUGUCACAUCGAAAGGGGGAGGGGACACCGAAUGCUGGCGAAAUCAGUGUUCUAAGUGCAGGGAAUCAUACAUGGGAAAGCCAACAGACGGUCAUCAGUGCUACAAACAAAUGAGUGUAGACCUCAAAUUUUGUUUGGAUGCCAAAUUGAUUGACGAAUGUAAACUGAAACCAAAGCCUUUGAUGCCUGGGCAGACUGUGUUCUUUGCUGUGCAACCCCGCUUCAUGAAUGUUGACAUCAGAGUGAUGGUGGAUGUUACGGACGGAGCUCUAGAUUUAUAUCUGUCACCUCGUGAAGACACAUAUGUCGUGCACGUCAAUGAUGCCACUGGGGAGCAUAUUAUCGAUAUGGACCACAAGUACAUCUGGCGGCCAGAGGAGUACGACACGUUGACCGGCGGCGUGCUGGUGUCCACCGUGGAGCUUGUCCCGGAUUCCCUGAUGGGUGACAAUGUGACGGUGGACCGGCACCCGCACCCGCACCCGCUGCACGCCAUGGGCCAGAAGUUCAUUCGCCAGGAGCGGCACGCACAUGGACUCACUUCCUUCGUCACCGUGAACCAGAAGAACACCCUGCUCGUGGUGCGCAACCUCCGCGACCGGCUGGUGUUGACGCUCCCCCAGGACCGGCACGAGCUGGGCGUGACGCGGUUCUUCAUCGCGCUCGCCGCGCGCAACACGUCCGGCCCGACGCACGGCAUGAUCUUCUUCCGUCAGGACCAGCUCCACAUCGACCUGUUUGUCUUCUUCUCCGUGUUCUUCUCGUGCUUCUUCCUGUUCCUCGCGGCGUGCGUGGUGGGCUGGAAGGCCAAGCAGGCGGCCGACAUCCGUCGCGCUCGCCGGCGCCACGUCGUGGAGAUGCUGCACAUGGCCAAGCGGCCGUUCGCGUCCGCCACGGUGCUCAUGGACGGCCCCGGGCCGCCGCCGUACGCCUGCGUCGCGCACUACAGCGGGGCGCUGGGGGCGCACAGCUCCGCGCAGGGCGCGACCGCGGCCUCGGUGUCCGGGCCCUCGCCGUCGCGCAAAAAGCAGCACCGCUCGGUGGGCGGGGCCGGCGUGGUCCCCGUGGCGGGGGCGGGCUCGCUCGGGGCGCCCCCGGUGCGCGCCAACAACGGGGUGGUGCCCGUGGCCGUCGAGCUGACGGACGACGGCGUGGCGGCCGUAGCCACGGUGCUCGUGCGCCUGCCGGGCGGCAGGGACGCCCCCGUCCGGAUGGCGCUCGCCUCCUCGCUCAUCCUCUUGUCGCGGGUGUACCCCACUAACGGGCGCGCCUUCCUCCGGCGGCGCAGCGCGCACCCGCACGCGCACUCGCACGCGCACGCUCCCUCUUAGCAUCAAGGGGCCCCGGCGCCGCCCCACGCCGCCCUGUCCGCCGCCGCCCCCUCGGCGGCGCACUCGGCGCUCACACGGGGGCGGCGGGGCUCCGGGUCGCGGCAUGGCAUCCGCGCCCGCGGCAGGGGCAGGACCCCCGCCGCCCCGGGGGCCGCGGCGGGGCCGGGGCCGUUACUCAUCACCUCUCUGUGAUCCUUUUCACCCUCUGGGUAUUUAUUUACAUUCCAUUACGCAGCCUAGGUGCACAGACCGAGGCCUUUUUAUUUGUCCAAGUGAGCCAGUGUGGGCACUGGCCAUCCCUCUUCCUCUUCCUCAGAAGAACUGGCCUUGCCCCACCUUCUGAUAGUUUUGAUUUUGAAUGAUCUGAAUGUAUAUAUUUGUUAUGCACAGUUUUUACAAUUUUAUGUCAGGAUCAUACAAGUGUCCUAAUCUGUGUACAAAAUUUUUAGUUUAUAAGAAUCUCAAGGAUACAUGUUGUUUAAAUCGUAGAGUGUAUUUCAAUAUAUUUUUCUUUGUGAUCUUAGAAUAUAAGUACUUAAUGGUGUAAUGUAUAGUCAAAAUUUGAAAGUUGCUCAACUCAAAUUUUCACAAUUGGUGGUGGAGCCUCCUCUGUAAAUAGUGUACAAGGCUGCUUUUGUGUGAAUCUUUAUUUUAAUUUUAAAGUAUUCCCUUUUCCUUGUUAUUCUUUUGAAGCCUUUCUAUCUUUUUGUUAAAGAGGUCAAAUGAUAUUGCAUUUAUUAAUGUAGAGUGUUAUCAUGACAGUUGUUGCCCUGCAUGUUGAGAUGUCAUAUAAUGUGCAGAGAUGUGUGCCAAAUAUUUUUAUGACAUUCUGCUGCUUAUCAAUCGGUGCCAAAACUUAAAUAUCACCUGCUCAAAUUUGUUUUUUUGAUUUUGGGUUUCAUUAUUGUUAUAUCUGUGUUGAGCCUUUGUUACAACCCUUUUUUAUCUUUUCGGUGGUUGACUUUUUUUUAAAUAUUAAAAACAAAUGUAUUCAUAUUUGUUGCAAUUGGUUGUGUUCUAUUAUUGGCUGUAUGAUAGUGUUGUCUGAUUUCUAGUAAACUCUCUGAACACUUUUGGCCCAUUAUUGAUAAACAUGGCACAGCCUGCAUGCAGUAUUAGAUUGCAGUAUUGUUGAUGGUUGUUUUGUUGGAGUAUAUAUCAGUACUUCAUUUGAGCUGACUGUGAUGUUCUGCCCUUCCCUCCUCUCUUUCUCUCUCUCUCUAUUUGUAAAUAUAAGUCUACCAUGUAUGAAAGUGUAACAUACAGUCUGAAUUGCAUUUCUUUUUAUUUUGGAUGUGAUGUAAAUGUCAUUUUUGCCUUAAGAUAUUCUCAUUCCUGGUUAACAGAUAGUACCUCUUGAUAUCAUGGAAGAACAAAAUAAAUAGAUAAAUAAAUAAAUAAAGCAAUUAAGUAAGAGACUGGUAAGAGGCUACUAUUCUAAAGUUCCAAAGCUUGAGGCAGCUAAUUUCUCUAGAAACUUGUAUAUAAUGCGUGAGUGUUGUAAUGGUUGAACAUACCUAAUGAAAAGUGUGAUAAAAGCAAUCAAUUGCAUUAUGUUUUGAGGACCUAAGUAAAGUAAGGGUUGUUAAAAUAUGAA